AUGUUGGCUGUUCCACUCCUCCUUGCAGCAGCGAUACUGCUAGCAAGAUGGUAUUUCAAGCCUAGCAAGAUUCCCGCCUACAAAGGCGAGGGGCUUUUCGCUUUCCUCAGCGACGCCCACGACUACGCAGUCAAACCCAUCUCGCUCAUCCGCAGAGCUCAACUGCAAUGUGGUAACAUCUUCUCAAUCCAGAUCCUGACAGUCCACAAUGUCUGGCUUCGCGGAAAUGAGCUCAACAAGGCUUAUCUCGACAUGCCCGAGAAAGCCUGGUCGUUUGGCCAUGGAAUGGGAAUAUUUCUCAACAAGAUCCUCGACCCUGGGUACAUGGAUAAUAUCAGAGUCAUGGUCGGCUCCCUCAGCCGGUACAUCAACCGCGCUACAGCGCAGGAGCAUAUGGCCAAGUGCACCGUGGAGGAGACUCACCGAUGCGCGCUCGAGUGGACGACGAAGUCCGACGUGGAGCUCUUUGAUGGGGUAUCCGAGUUGACACACAAGGUCAUCGUCAGGACCCUGAUGGGCGACGACUUUUAUGAAUCGAGCGGAGAGCUCCUGGACCUUCUGCAUGCGAUGGAGUGCGACAUUGGCAGCAUCUGGUCAUUCGUGCUCCCCGACUGGGUGCCUCAUCCACCAGCGAGAAGACUGCACCAUGCUCGCGAGCGUGUGAAAGAGAUCUUCUGGGAGAAGCUCAGCCAGCGACACGUCGCAGCCAAGAACGGUGAUCUCGAGACUGACCUACCGGACUACAUCACGCACACGUUACACGAACAGAGCAUGGCGCCGCUGAAGCACUAUCUCCCUUCCCAUCAUACUGUAUUGAUGUUUGCUGCUCACACUUCCACAGUCGCUGCGACCUCCUGGGUCGUUGUUUGCCUUUUACGCCAUCCUGAUGUCAUGGCCGCCGUGAAGAGAGAUGCUCGGAGUGGGAACACCGAGUCGGCGCUCAUCCAGGCCUGCAUCAAGGAGACGAUGCGCUACUACGCAGGCAUGAAGUGCUUCCGCCUCGCCAUGCAGGAAAUGCCUGUCCCAGGUACAGACAUCACCGUUCCAAAGGGCUCGGUCGUGUCCAUCUCUCCAUACUUGACGCACCAUGACCCUGCCAACUAUCCGAAUCCCGACACCUGGAUGCCCGGAAGGUGGCUCAACGCCGAGAACAAGCUCGUCAAUCUCGAAGGAAAGGAUAGCAACGGCGUCAAAAGUAUGCUGUUUGGUGGCGGAAGCCAUCGAUGCCCUGGCGAGAAGAUGGCCAUGAUCAUUGUGACUCAGACCUUGACGACUUUGCUGCGAUUUUAUGAUGUUACAUGGGCGUCACCGGACCAGCCUCAAACUGUAGACUUUGAAGGCCUAGAUUUUGGCAAGGUUGGCUCGCCUUGGCUAAAGGGAGGAUUGAGAGUGAGAGUUUCCAGAAGAAAGUGGCCCGAGAUGAUGGGAGGCUGUUAA